AUUUCCUGUGACAUUGGAAUUUCAAACCAAUCACGUGAUGUUGUUUAGAUAAGCAAUAUUGGGCGGCGGUUGUCUCCUAAGUUAAAAAGUAUUCCGCCCACAUCGCACAAUCGUUUUCUUUGUCCAUUUCACAGAUAUACAGAGAAACUCGUUUAAUUGUAUGAAUUUGACUACAUCGUCUAUGCAUCAAUUUGCCUGGCUGUACUUAUGAGCUAACAGUUUAUUUCGUCAGGGAAUUUUACACUGAGGGCUUGCGUACUCACGUGGCAAACAUCAGAACUACAACACCCCUAUCAUCCCGCUCUCUUGGCACAUUCAACGUCAUUUAUGUUACUGAUUAGCCUGGAAAUGAGAUCUAUCAAUCUGUGAUAGUAUAGGGCCACUCAUGUUCUUGGGUUUCUCGUUUGCCAGCGAAGUGUCAUUUUCUUCUCUGUUGCUGCUCCUGUGACUAGAGCUUCAUGGCAUAUUGAACUCUUCACCCAUCCUGCCCAUUGCUAAUUAGGUUUUUAUUCCUAUUCUUCAUGUGACUCUGUCCUUCUGAUCUCACCCUGUUAUUCUGUUUUACACUCUAGUUUGAGGUCGUAUAUGGACAUCAUAUCAGUACACGUAGCCAGAAACAUACCAAACCCCCGAUUCUGUGCGGUGUGACAUAGGUCUAAGAGAGGGAUGAUGGCGGGAAUUCAUUCAGCUGAACAGGAGAGCCAAGGCCUCAUUGAUGAGUCACUUCAGCUUAUUCACGUCCUCAAUGCUCCUGGAAAUGCUGCAAUCGCCAAAUCUAUCCAGGAGAGAUUGCAGGCGCUGCAGAAGUCAGAAGCGGGGUGGGCUAUUGCAGAUGGUCUUUUGACCAGUGAUGAUGCUAAUGCAAGAUUCUUCGGUGCCCUCACCUUGACCGUUAAAAUCCAUCAGGACUGGGACCAUCUUGGAGAAGAGAAAGCCAAAGAUCUUUUAGAACAUCUGACUAACCUCUUCAUCUUAAUGGUCUCCAGAAACGAAGGGGCUGUAUCUAUGAGGAAAUUUAUGUCAACAUUGACUACCUUCUUUUUUAAGCCUGAAGCUCCCUGGACUCAUUGUAUACGACAUAUUGCCAUGUCCAUGGCUAGUGGGAAAUACCUGUCAGAAGAUCAAUGUGAGCAGGGAAAUUUCGAAAAGCUAGCUCUCCCUUCGCUCAGUUAUGAACGGAUGCUCCCACUUUUGUCUUUUUCUACCAUCCUGGCUGAGGAGUCAUCGCGGUAUGCUCUGAAUGAGGAUCUCCGAGGGCGUUUAGGUCCCAAUCUCAGGGAUGCUCUUUAUCUUGUCCAGUUCGUUUUGGAACAAGUAUCCACUUUUAAAAGAGAUGGAAAUCAGCCGUCCCUCUCAGAUCAAUUAAAUAAAUUAGCUAUCGAAGCAAUGAAAUCUUUAAAUGCAUGGCUCAUCGCAAUCCGAGGAGACCGCAUUUCUCCUGGCAAUCUUACGAAGAUGGUCGCCGUACCUUUGAACUAUUCUGUUCAGUUCUUAGCAGUACCCGAACUUGCAGAGAUGGCAAUGGAACUUCUUGCAGAAAUCCUUAAUAGCCAUGCGAAGUUACUAGGAGUUGAACACCUGACUGCAAUACUGCAAUUCCUCUCAGGAAACUUCGGGGAAAAGUAUGCAUUGGCUCUUUUAAACGCGGAUUAUGAUGAAGACUCCAUGCGAUUCUUGGAUUUAUUACUGCGCUAUGCAGCGACGGAGCACAUACAACUGUUCACUGGCGAAUUAAACGAACAGAAGCAAAGGAUCCUGUUUUUGUUACAUACCCUUUUCCGCGGGCCAGGGUUUGUAGAAGUUGACGAUAAAGCGAGUUCGCUUCUUUUGGAAUAUUGGACUGAGGCGGCGGAUGAUAUUAGCGAUUAUAUCAUGCAGGGUGAAAUGAAUAUUUACUCGACUCGUGUCAAAGGGGAGUUUGUGCAAGUCAUCGCGGACUGUUAUGACAAGCUCCGGUAUCCUGAUCCAUCAGUCCUAAAGGAGUGGGAUGACGAUGAUGUGAGGAAUUUCAAUGGAUUCAGACGUGACUUUGCGGACUUCCUACUCGCUACUUAUCCUCUUCUAGGGUUUGAGUUGAUCGAAAAGCUUGUUGAGAGAGCAACUAGUUCGAUGAACAGCCAAAUAUGGGAAGGGUUUGAAGUAGCAGUAUUCUGUCUUGGUUUCUUGGCUGACUCUGUUGUGGAGAGUCCGAAUGUGGACAAGCUACUUCAUACGAUUUUCCAUUCCGAAAUAUUCAAUGGCAUUUGUUUCAACCGCAUUUCCAUUUCUAUGAAGCCUCGCCAGACCCUAUCUGACAUGAUUGCGAGGUACACAGCAUACUUUGAACGGAACCACGAUCUUCUCCCGCGAGUUCUUAAUUUCCUGUUCAAUUCCCUCGAUGCUGCGUCAUGCGACCAAGCUGCGUCAAAAUCCAUUUCAUUUCUCUGCCAGAACUCUCGCCAGGCUCUCCCAAUGUAUGUUGAUGAUUUUAUCAAUAAGCUGGACCAACUUCGCUCGAAUUCCUCUGUUAAUGUUACUACCCUUGAGCGAGUAUCCGAAGGCAUUGCAGCAGUUGUGCAAGCGGCGACUCCAAAUACAGCCCAGGCAACAUCCCUGGUAAAACUGCUAGCGCCCCUCCAUCAGCUAGCGGAACAAGCCAGGCUAGAAGCUCAAUCAAACCAGUAUGAUGAAGCGCUUGAAAAAGGGAUCAAAGUAAUGCGUUGCACGGCAAGUAUCGGGAAGGGGUUUAGGGCUCCUGAUGACGCCGUAAUCGAUCUAGAUGCCGAGGGGCCGAGUGAAAGCACAAAUAAUUUCUGGGCAAGGGGUGAACUCGGGGGAGCGCCACAAGCAUACCUGAUUCAGAUUCUGGACAUCUUAAUAGGCACAUUCCCCACCGAUGGUGAUAUAAUCGAAGCUACAUGCGACGUUCUGAAGGCCGGAUAUACAGAACACACGCCGGGGCCAUAUGUCCUACCACCUCAAGUCACUAUCCGUUUCAUUAAGGCUGCCAACGUUACCUCUCCUCGCUUCCCCACAAUCAUGGGAACCGCCUCUGCUUUCUUAGCCUCCCACUCUGCGCAACCCUUAGUAGUCCAAAAUGAAGCCGCGGAACUAAUCGUCCAUGUUUACGAACUCAUGAGCUUCAUGAACACCCAACCGGAUCAAUAUGACCCAGAAGUCGCACACAGCUGCAUCGAUUUCCUCAACCUGAUGCUCCCAAAACACAAAGCAGCUUUUUUCAACCUCGUCCACUCACCGAUACCACAGCACAGCGCUGCAAUCCUCACCAUCCUCACAUUCACCCUGGCAGUGCUGAAACGUCCCGACCCUCUUCCACUCCGCUCUGCUUCUGCAUUCUGGUCCACCCUAUUCUCCCUCACAGAUCUGCCACCUGAGCUCCAGCCGGGCCCCGGUAGCUCUACCAUAAGACACGCCACUACAGCGGCAGCUAACGGCGCAAUUCCACAACAUGCGCCACGCUUUUUCGACACCUGCAUAUCUUCGCUGGGUAAUAUACUCAUGUACCAGGUAUCGGGUCACUGCGCGCGCUCCGACCUUGACCACCUGUCUGAGGUGGUUAAAAAAUUCAUAUUCCACUAUCAGGGCGCGGCGCGUGUGCAUUUUGGGGCUGCAUUGGCGGAAAUGGAUGGUGCUCUUUCGCCAGAUGGGGCGGGAGGAGGGGGACGCGUACCGGAGAAGGCAGAGCGAGAAAGAUUCUUAUCAUCGAUGCUCUCGCUGAGGGGGUCGAGGGGGACUAGUCGUGUUGUGAAGGAUUACUGGGUAGCGUGUAGGGGGAAGGGCUUUGCAUAUGCCAGCUAAGGUGGUUGAUCUAGUUAGCGACGGCUUGGAUUGGUAGUCAAUUUGCAUAGUUUAGGUAAUUGAAUCUGGGUCAUGAAGGAAAAAUGGCAACGCAAAUGCAUAUUUGCAUAUCAAAUGGAUAUUUUCCCCUGAUUAUUACUUAGUUAAAUUAUUUAUUUCUUCCGGUUAUAUUUGUGAAAUGAUCUUGAAUAUUGAUUUAAGUAUAUAUUUACAGAACACACGGAGCCACCGGAUAUGGAGGGAGUGC